GUUCCUGCGUCUGUUUCCCGCCUGCAUAGGUUUUGCUGCCGCGAUCAUGGCGGACUUAACGGAUUUGCCCAAGUCGCGAAUCAACGCCAGCAUGCUCGCUGAGUUCAUCGACCAGCCAGUCUGCUUCUUAGGGAGGCUAGAAAAGAUUCAUCCCUCUGGAAAAAUGUUCAUUCUUUCAGAUGGAGAAGGGAAAAAUGGAACCAUUGAGUUGAUGGAGCCCCUUGAUGAAGAAAUCUCUGGAAUUGUGGAAGUGGUUGGAAGAGUAACAGCCAAGGCAACCAUUAUGUGUUCAUCUUAUAUCCACUUUAAAGAAGAUGUCUCUCCUUUUGAUCUUGGACUUUACAAUGAAGCCGUGAAAAUUAUCCAUGAGUUCCCUCAAUAUUUUCCUUUAGCAGCUGUGCAGCAUGAUUGAUCAUGAUGACUUUUGUUCUGAUUGCAAAUUAGUUUUAAUUGAAGAUUAAAGGGAGUCCCCUUUUGUUUGAGGGUGAGAUUUCUGUUGCUUCCUAAUAUUUAAUUUGCUCAUUUCAAAAUAUUACUUACCUAACCUUAGGUAAUUCAAUCUACAGUUUUCAAUGGUAGUAUAUUGACAGUUUUCACCUAAGUCCUCUCAUAAAGAGGACGUCUUCAAAAUGUGGUCAGAUUAGACGCAAGAACAAAGCAGUUGUUUUGAGUUUAGGUUUAUAUUUUAUGAAUAAAAAUUAAAAUGGUGCAUACUA